AUGGCCCAUGAUGCAUCAUCAAGAAUCAAUGUGGUUCACACGCCUGAACCUUUAUACAGUUUGGAUCGCUCCCCCGGAGAUGGAAAGGGGUAUAGAACUGUGAAUUCAGAGAUUUGUUUCUGA